AGCAACCCUAAUGCGUUUCAUUUGGCUAAGAAAAAAAGAACAAAAUAAACACAAAUAUUGCAAUUGUUUACAAAAUUUUAUAUUUUCAAUACAAUUACUAAACAUUGAACAGUAUAUUAAUAAUUAAUAAAGCACUUAAUUAGUUGUCAAACAAAUGUAUAAUAGCUUACGUGAAAAUGCAUUGUCGACAAAGAGAAAUUUGUGAUUUAGGUUGAAAUGCAAAAUUAUGCAAGUUGCAAAAAGGACUGUACCUUCGAGUAAUAAUAACUAUUGCAAGUUAUUAUAGCAACAUUCCCUACAAAACUAGUUAUUUAUUCUAAAUUAAGUUAAAAAGUCAAAAUGGAUGCCACAAAUGUAACGCCAUCAAAGCAAAAUAAAACAGAAGCAGUUACGCCUAAUAGCAACAAUAAACAGCAAAAUGCAACUCAAAAACAUUCCGGUCCUUUUUAUAUCUCACCAUCGCUAUUCGACAACAAACGUCUGCGUCAGAAACGUCUCCGUUGGGCCAAAGCAUUGUUGGCGGCGGCGGGCUUUAAGCAGCAUCACCUAUUGCAACGAAAAAAGACUGAGCGCCGCAAACAUGUGUUAUGUGAUUUACGUGCAGACGUAACAAUUGACUUAUUAUCGGAUGAAGAUGAAAAAACAAUCGAAAAUAUUAAUAAGGAUGUUAACGUAACUGAAGAAAAGCCAAUUGUUAUAUCAAAAUGUGCAUCAAUGACAAUUUCCGAUGGUCCACCACCACUCGUUCCGAUUUCGAACGUACAUUCAGCACCCAAGCAACUAUUUACGCAAAUCUACGCUUUUCCCAAGCAAGCUAUUGAAGUAUCAAAAGUGCCGAACAUAACGCUUAUUCCUGUACAGAAUUUACAAAACCCGCCUGCGCCACCACCGGUUGCUUCUGUAGCGCCCAUGCCACGUCGCGUGAAGCGUAAACGUAAAUCACAACAACCGAAACGUCAUAAACAACCCGUUAUUGUCAAUAAUGAGAGCAUAAUUCUAAGUGAUGAAAGUGAUAUGGAUAUAUCUUUGGUAGAGCCCCUUGCAGAAUCUUCUACCAAUAACGUGUUUUCGCCCGCAUUAACGAUUGCAACUGAAACAUUGCCACCAACAACAACAAUAUCUCCCACAUCCACAAAGAAUUUACAACUUGUACAACCGCCUUCACCUACUAAAUCUAAUACGUCAUAUCCCACACUUUUAACACCGUACAGUGCACAAGUUGAUGAAGAAGUUACCGUAUCGAUUGUGCCACGCUCAUCAACAGCAGGCGGCACUUGCCUCAAGUCCAAUGACAACGAGUUGUUUCCUAUGCUACCCGAUGAAACUACCGUACAUACGGUUAUUGCUAAUCGUACUUAUGAGUUAUCAUUAACAAAACUGCGUGAAGGCCUAGCCUCCUGUGGUAUAUCGGAGUUUGCAAAUGGACAACAAAAGCCAGCGCCAGUACGACGUAAAGGACAAUUGGUGGAUACGCCACCAAUGGUCUCGCCUAAUCCGCCGCCCAUAUCUUUGAAAUUAUCCAGUGAUUUAAGCAUUUCAUUGAUCUCAGAUGAUGACGACGACAGCCAUGAACAACAACACCAACAACGUUUGGCGGCAGAGAGUCUCUUACAAAAACAGCCGCAGUUAAUGGUACAACACUUGCAAUUGCCUGUGGGUGGCAUGUUGCAAGCCGGUGCGAGUGUGUCGUUAGUCGGCACAUCGAGGCUGCCGCCUCGGCGCCGAAAACUCGUUUGAGGAAGUGAUUGUAUGGGCGGCCAAAGUACAAAGCAACAAAGCUUUUAAGUGCGUAAUACGUCUUUUGAAAGUAAUUGCAUUGAGAAAGUGAAUUUGAUUAUUUAUUACUACCCACAUUUAAGGCAUUCAACUUCUAAACUUGAAACCAAAAGGAAUACGCAUUUCGAUGUAAAUAAUAUUUGGCUUUGUAAACAGCUCGUGUACUUCAAAUUAUUUUAAAAAUUUGUUUUUGUUUUACAAAAGCGAUUGAAUUUUCAUUACAAACUUUUUAGCUCGUCCAUAACUCUCCCUUCUACCCUGUGUAGUUACUUAAUUGGAGAUACUAAAGCAUUACUACAUUAAGACAGUCUACUUUAUUUUUGAAGUUUUACGCAAUAAACCAUUCGAAUUUUGCUUUUUGAAUAACCGCCUAUUUUCGCGCUUCGAAAUUUCAUAAAAAAGCAACAUACGUAGAAUUAACGUACAAAGUAUUUAGAAGUGUUUUCGUUAAGUGAUAACAAAUGCUUACAUAAAUUCAUAUUUACUUGCUACAUAUUUAAGGUAAAUAUCUGUAUAAACAUUUUCUGAAUAAAACAUACAUACUAUAUACAAGUAUAUAAGUGAAAAGA